GUGGAGGAGAGGAGAGGCGACUACUCAAACUCUGAGCAAGCGCCACAGAAACGCCAGCGCAGGAUCAGCCAGACCUGUUUAUAUUUCCGCAUCACUUGAAGGCCACGGCAGCUCAGGAUGAAGCGAAGCCGUGUCCCGAGCACCAGCGAGGACUCGGACAAUGGGAGUAAUUCCACAUCCUGGUCUCAGCACUCCAACUCCAAGCACAGGAAACAGAGUGGGAAAAGACCAUCUGAGGUGUUCAGGACAGACCUGAUCACAGCUAUGAAGCUGCAUGAUUCACACCAGCUUAAUCCUGAGGACUAUUAUGAGCUGGCCGAUCCCUGGCGGCAGGAGUGGGAGAAAGGGGUUCAAGUUCCUGUCAGUCCAGAGUCUAUACCGCAGUGUACAGUGCGCACUGUAGCUGAGAAAAGCACCGCUCCUCUGUUCAUCAAGCCCAAGAAGCUGAUUCGCUCAUCUGAGUCAUCGAUGCUUGGGUACGUGGGUAUUCAGACACUGGCUGAUGGCAUGUGUCGCUAUGACCUGAAUGAGGAGGACGUAGCUUGGCUGCAGAUCACUAAUGAAGAGUUCAGUAAAAUGGGCAUGCAACCCCUGGAUGAGCUUACAAUGGAGCGGGUCAUGGAGGAGUUUGAGCGCCGUUGCUAUGACAACAUGAGCCACGCCAUGGAAACAGAGGAGGGGCUUGGUAUCGAGUAUGAUGAGGAUGUGGUCUGCGAUGUCUGUCAGUCUCCUGACGGCGAGGACGGCAACGAGAUGGUGUUCUGUGACAAGUGCAACAUCUGCGUGCAUCAGGCGUGUUAUGGUAUACUGAAGGUCCCUGAGGGCAGCUGGCUUUGCCGUACCUGUGCGCUGGGUAUUUUUCCCAAAUGCCACCUGUGCCCUAAAAAAGGCGGAGCCAUGAAACCCACCCGCAGUGGCACCAAGUGGGUCCACGUCAGCUGUGCCCUCUGGAUACCUGAAGUAAGCAUUGGUAACCCUGAGAAGAUGGAGCCUAUCACUAAUGUGUCUCAUAUACCCAGCAACAGAUGGGCUCUAAUAUGCUGCCUGUGUAAAGAGAAGACAGGAGCUUGUAUUCAGUGUUCUGCCAAAAGUUGCCGUGUGGCGUUCCACGUGACCUGUGGUCUGCAUUGUGGGCUGAAGAUGAACACGAUCCUCACAGAGGCGGAUGAAGUCAAGUUCAAGUCAUUUUGUCCCAAGCACUCUGGCCUGGAUUGGAACGAGGAAGAGGGCGAUGAUGACAGACCUGUGAAGGUCCCAACCAGGGAAGACAGAAGCAGAAAUAGAGGAAUAGAUUUCUCUGCUUCUUCCCAAACCAGACUCUCGCAGAACCCAGAGGAGACCAGACUCAGUGAGCGAAAGCUUCGAGUACAGCAGCUGGAGGACGAGUUCUAUCGCUUCGUCGCUGCUGAUGAGGUUGCCGAACAUCUGCAGCUUCCUCUUGAGAUGGUGGACUUCUUGUUUCAAUACUGGAAGUUGAAAAGAAAGGUGAACUUUAACCAGCCCCUCAUCAUGCCGAAGAAAGAGGAGGAAGACAGUCUUGCCCGACGAGAACAGGAAGUGCUUUUAAGGCGACUACGACUCUUUACGCAUUUGCGACAGGAUCUGGAGAGGGUGCGUAAUUUGACGUAUAUGGUCAGCCGACGGGAGAGGAUUAAACGGACCUUGUGCCGAGUGCAGGAGCAGAUCUUUCAUCACCACGUCAGGCUGCUGGAGCAGGGCCGCGUCACUGGUAUAUCCUCUACUAGACGUUUGGAGGAGGCUAUGUUUUAUUUCCGUACGACGCCACCUGUGCCAGCAUCUCCUCAGCCUCUGAAGGGCCACUGUGGGCAGAACAGCACACUGAGCUCCAGCGAGAAGGGAAGCAACUCUUACAGAUCCUCAAAGCAUAUUGAAGCAGACAAGCCUGCAAAGAUGCUCAUGGACGGCGUUCCCAGUUCUGGAGACUCUGUGAGAAGCGAGACAGUGAUGUCUGCUUCAUCUAGACGUUCUGAGGGCAGGACGAGGAGCGGUGAGUCUCACAGAAAAGAGGAGGAAAGUGAGCGUCCUCUGGAGGACAGGAGGAGAAAGAGCAAGCUAUGGGACCAGGUGUCUAUUAAAGACAAACUGAGGCAUGCAAAGUCUAUGGAGGACACGCUGAGCAGUGAGACAGAGCUCGACACAAUGGAUGACAGAUUGCUGCUGUCUCACACUAACGCUAAUUCUGUAGCCACUGCUCCAAACAUGUACAGCGGAUCGCCGAGGAAGACAAACGCAAGCCAUCAGGGAAAACUAGUGCCAAAUGGAACAUCCGGGCGGCAUCUGAAAAACUGGGGCAGUUUCCGAAUCCCCAAACGCAGUGAGAGAACGUCAGCAGGGAGACAGACCGAGAGGCAGGAGGCAGACAACACCGCAGACCAAAACUCUUCCUUAAAAACGUUUAGCACAAGCCCCUCCUCUCCUCAAAUCAGGACCCGGCUGCGGACGGGAAGUGAGAAUCGACGCCAUCUGGAAGAGUCUGAUCUCGGCCAAUCGGAGCAGGGUAAGAGGUGUCACACCCAGAGACUUCCGAGCCCUAUGACUAGACGAUACGGUUCAGACGUGAUCCAACGUGGAGUUCUCGCAUCUUGAAAUGUCCAAAUAUAUUAUCAUUAUUAUUUUCCCUCUUCAUUUGCUCUUCAACGAAAGGUGAACAGGUGGAACGAUAUUUAUUUUUCUAGUCUGUAAUUUUCUGCUGAAAGUAUUUUUUUGUGUGUAUGUUAAAACAAAUGUGGAGAGGUUUCAAAGACCAAACGAUUGGCUGACGAAGACGAAUAUCUUCCUAAUAAUCGAUGAAUGAAACUAUAAAUCAGGUGAAAAUGAACUGGCGGAGUUUCGAGAUGAGUUAUGAGCACUUCUGAGGGUGUUACCAGCGUGAAAUGAAGCCAGUGCAGCCCAGCUGUCUUAAGUCCCACACAAAAACUGCACUUAACUGAGCACUUAAAAAGAAAAACAUAUUUGACCACAACAGUCGAAGCAGUUUCCAAAAUUUAGGAAAGACUUUUAAUUUAUUUUUCAGUAUUCUGCUAACUUAAAAGGCCAUCAUGUGUUGUGUGUAUGUGACAUGUGCCAUUACUUCUGCUGUGGCACCUUUUCCUUCUCAGGUAAAAUCUGCUUAUAUUUGUACUUAA